AUUGCGUCAGUUGGCUCUGGGCUGGCGGAAAUGACGAAGGGUUUGGAGCGGAGGUGGCUGAGCCGGGUCGGAGCCAUGUCAGCGGGGAGCACAGGGCAGCGAGAUUCUGGGGCCGCUGGCGGGCGCCGCAGUAAGUGGGACCAGCCCGGUCCGUCUCCUGCUCUUUUCAUUAUCCCUGGUUCGGCCCCACUGCCUGGCCGCCCCUUCCAGAGCAGCGGAGAUGGCGUCUCCGGUGUGCAGGGUUCCGAAAGCUCUGCGGCCCCCUCAGGGGCUCUGGAUGCAGCUGCUGCUGUGGCAGCGAAAAUCAAUGCGAUGCUCAUGGCUAAAGGAAAACUGAAACCAACAGCGAACACUACAGACAAACUACAGGCCCCAGGGAAAAGUUCGGCUACAAGCAAAAGUAAAGAUGACCUUGUAGUAGCAGAAGUGGAAAUCAAUGAUGUGCCCCUCACGUGCAGAAACCUGUUGACAAGAGGACAAACUCAGGAUGAGAUAAGUCGUCUGAGUGGAGCAGCUGUCUCUACUCGAGGGAGGUUCAUGACUGUGGAGGAGAAAGCAAAAUUAGCACCUGGGGAUCGGCCUUUGUAUCUCCAUGUCCAGGGGCAGACACGAGAGCUAGUUGACAGAGCUGUAAACCGAAUUAAAGAAAUAAUUACUAAUGGAGUAGUGAAAGCUGCCACUGGUUCCAGUCCAACUUUCAAUGGAGCUACAGUUACCGUUUAUCACCAGCCUGCUCCCAUUGCCCAACUGUCUUCCGCUGUUGGCCAGAAGCCUCCAUUCCAAUCAGGGAUGCAUUACGUUCAGGACAAAUUAUUUGUUGGUCUGGAACAUGCUGUACCUACAUUUAAUGUGAAGGAAAAGGUGGAAGGGCCUGGCUGCUCCUAUUUACAACACAUUCAAAUUGAGACUGGUGCCAAGGUCUUCCUACGUGGGAAGGGCUCAGGCUGCAUAGAGCCAGCUUCAGGCAGAGAAGCCUUUGAACCUAUGUACAUCUACAUAAGUCAUCCAAAACCAGAAGGUCUGGCAGCUGCCAAAAAGCUGUGUGAGAAUCUAUUACAAACUGUUCAUGCUGAAUACUCCCGAUUUGUCAAUCAAAUAACCACUGCAGUACCUUUAGCAGGUUUCACACAACCUGCUGCUAUAAAUAGCAUACCUCCUCAGCCAUCAUACUAUCCAUCCAAUGGCUACCAGUCUGGUUACCCUGUUGUUCCUCCUCCUCAGCAGCCAGUUCAACCACCUUAUGGAGUACCAGGCAUAGUACCACCUUCAGUGCCACUGGCACCUGGAGUGUUGACAACAUUACCCACAGGAGUACCACCUGUGCCCACACAGUACCCAAUUUCACAAGUACAACCUCCAGCUAGCACCGGCCAGAGUCCGCUGAGUGGGCCUUUUCUUCCUGCUGCCCCAGUAAAAACAACCUUGCCGACUGCUACACCGCCACAAGUCCAACCACAGCCUCAGGGCCAAAAGAGGCGCUUCACUGAGGAGCUACCAGAUGAGAGAGAGUCAGGACUCCUGGGAUACCAGGUACAGGCUUCUCCAGUCAGAGUGAAAUCGAUGGGGCGGGAUCGAAGCCAGCAAGUUCCUCAGGAAAGGAGAGAGAGAGGGACAGGCAGUUGAUGCCUCCACCAGCUUUUCCAGUGACCGGAAUGAAAACCGAAUCCGAAGAAAGAAAUGGAUCGGGGUCCUUAUUGGGCAACCACGGUGAGCACAAUGGACAAAACAAAUUCAUAUGCAAAAGCAAGUUUGACUUGCAAGGUACUGAUAUAAUGCUGACUUUGGCAAAUACUGAAAUGCCCAGUCAAUUCUGGGCUGUCCUUGGGAUUGCAACUCUAAGUGAGAAGAUGGGCAUGUUCCACUGGCUUUAAACCAUGCAUUUCUUACAUGAGAUACCUAGUUUCUGAGAGCUAAGGUAAAUAUUUAAGUGAGUGUUAGAAAAACCUUGGGAACUGUGAUAUGUGUAACUCCUAAUUUGAAAGAAAGAAGAAGGCCUCUUUUUUGUUUUUGUUUUUUUUUUAAUUUUGAUAAUCCGCCCAGGCACAGCUGAUAAGAAAUUGCUCUGUAACACUGGUAUAUCAUAUAGUUUUACAUUCCCAUCAGGCUCAAAUUGUAUAGCUCUGUAUAUUAAGACAAUCACUAACAUAAGCCAUGUGUCUAGUAGACAUUCUCCCAAAGUGGUCCACAACUAACAGAAAUCCUUAGUGGAUUCCAUCUUUUCAUAGGAUUCUGUAGCAUCAAAUAUUCGCUACUUGAGAGAACAUUUUAAAUCCUUGUUCUUGUAAGUGCUCUGAAAGUUGCACAUUUCCUUGUAUCCAAGAGCUGCAGACACAGUAUAUUUAACCUCAGUUUUUCCCCAAUAUUGAUGCCAGAGUUUGCCAUUGUAUUAGACUUCUUAUGAUUAAAUUUGGACUUUUCUUUACAUAUUUAUCUCUUAACGGUGAAAUUGCCGUCACUUAAACUCAUUUGCUAACUUUACCUUUCUUUUGUGUUUCUUUUUUCUUUCUCUGCUCUCUUACAUGGUUCUGAUGGAUCACAUGUGCUGUUGCUGGUGCUGUCUCGUGUGACAUCCGACCUUGGGUGACCACUGACCCUGUGACCUCAAAAUGGUGUCCAACUAACAAUUUAUAAUUAACGUCUUUUUUUUAUUUAUUAACUUGUUUGGGGUAUUUUUAUCUUUUUCUUCCUUCUCGGGGCGGGGGGGGGGGAGAUGUUUUUUUUCCCUCUAGAUCAUCCAGCUAAGAAGAUGAAAACGGCUGAAAAGGGGUUUGGAUUGGUGUCUUAUACUGGAGAUUCAUCAGAUGAAGAAGAGGAACAUGGUGGCCAUAAAAAUGCAAGUACUUUUUCACAGGCAUGGAGUUUGGGAUACCAGUAUCCUUCCUCACAACAACGAGCUAAACAACAGAUGCCAUUUUGGAUGGCACCAUAGAAGCUACAGAACAGUUUUUGUACCCUCAGUUACACCUUUUUUUCCUCUAGCAAUAAUGCAUGUAUAUUACAAAACGAACUUUGCAAAUGUACAUUGUUCUUACCUUUGCAGAAGCUGCUAAAGGUGCACUAUUCCCUUUUGAAAGGGAUUCUAUUAUAUUUUUACAAUCCAUAUUUCUGCAGUGAAUUUGUCAUCUAUGAAAAGUUAUUUGAAAUUACAAACUCAGUGCAGCACGGACUUUUUAUACAGUGAGGGAAUGUGCUCACAGAACAAGAACAGGGAGGUAUGUCGCUCCCCCUGCAUUUUCCACUUGCCCUGGAUAGCUUGAGAAAUGGAGACAGACAGCCAGGCUGACUUAAAUACAGAUUUUGUGUGUUUAUUUUAAGUAAUUUUCCUUUUGUCAACUUGUGUUGGUCAGUGGUGACAACAGAUGUCCUCAAUGUUUGGACUUUCACUGGAGAAAGGAAAAUCUAUGCAUUACACAAUUAAUUUUUAAGAUCAUGUUUCCUUAAAUUGCUAAUUUUAUUUAUUUUAAGCUGCUCCCAUGUGUGUGUGUUUCCCCCCUUACCCCCCUUAAUUCCAAAAUGCAAUUUCAGUAACUCAAAAUAACUUUUGGUUCUAGGCAAAUUUCUUGGGUUUGGGGGGGGGGGGGAAUAUAGGUUUUCCCCAUAAUUUUCUAUUUUGGGUGGAUUUGGCUUGCUACUAAUACUUGGACAUAUUUGGUAUAUCAGUGGUAUGUACACUCUAACCUUCUUCAGCUGGUCCAUGUGAUACUACUUGUCAUGUAGGUGUCCGUCUGUUAAUUUCUGUCUGCUUCCACCAGUUUUGUUUUAUGACUGUUUAACAAAGUAAUAUAGCAUCCUGGUUUGUGUAUCUCCAAAGACCUGAUUGCAAGCACUGCUAUGACACUGAAGCACAGAAGCGAAACCUCUGAAUAAAUUGUGGAUUGUUUACAGUGACUGGAACUGCAAAGGGGCCUUUCUUAUCAUGGCAAGCUGUUGCCAAAAGAUUACUCUUUUGUAUUGAUAACAUUGAUGUGUGAAUCCACUAAUCUGUGGUGGGACACAAUGUAAAUGGAGGUGCGGGUCUGCAUUUGAAACAUGAGUAAUAGUUUGAAGUAUUGUAAUAAGUGUAACUUUUACACAUUUUGACUACCUUGCAGGCUGGCUGGCUUUGUAUAAACUUAUUCUCUGGUUUCCUACAUGUUGUAAAUAAUUAUAGAAACAUAAUUUCCUUAUAAAUAAAUGUACAAAUAUUC